UUAUAUUAAAGUGUGUAUCGAAUUACAAAAAUGUUAAUAUUUAAUUAUCAUAUGAAUGAAGUUUCCAACUGUUGUUACUGGUAAGUCCUUUGGGAAGAUAUUCUCUCUGUGGGAGUGACGACGUUUGUCAUAGACCUGCUACAAUGAAAUUCAAGUUCUGUGGAGGCGGAGACUGCCCAGAGUGGUUGUUAGUCCAGAUCAAUGCGCUUUCCAGAAUGACAUCAGUUAAAAUGAGGCUAUUAGCUCAGCAUACAGUGAAUUCAUUGCUUGGCGAGCCAUUCAAUUUAGAAAAAGCAAAGGAGCUUAUGGCUGAUGCUAAGCUUGAGGGAGAAAACUGCAAAGCUUGCGUAGCUGCUAUUACAUUUAUCUUGAAGAAAGCUGCAUGCCAUGCUGUACCUCAAAAUUAUCUAUCAAAUGAACUACAACAGAUUGGUUUACCCCGUGAACACGCUUUAGCUUUAUGCAAAGUAUAUGGAGAUAACCUUUCUGAGAUUACCAAAGUCCUACGGAGUAGCUCUUUGAAAAUUGGAAAAUUAUCUGAUAUUAGCGUAUCAAAAGAAAUCGACAAUGGAUAUUUAAUGAAGUUGAAGUAUACAAAUUCUCCAGGUAAAUUAGAAGAGAAAAAUUUCACUUUGUCAAAAAAUCAAAUUCAGCUAUUAAUUGCUGAAUUAUCAGAUGUUUCCAAAAGAAUGGCCGACUUGACUCAAGAUUGUAAAGAGUAAACGAUUAUAAAACAAACAUGAACAUGUACAUGCAAACACUAAAAAAAUCUUAUGUUACUAAUUUUACUAGGAUUCAUGGUUUAAAAUGUAUUUUAUUUUUUUUUAAACAAAUAUAAUAUAUAUAUAUAUAUAGAGAGAGAGAGAGAGAGUGGCGCUACCAGAAAUUUUUUGGGUGGAUCUUGAUUAUUUAUCUAUAAAAGUAAUGAAAAAAAUAUUUUUAUUUUGUAAAAUAUUAUUUAAAAUGUAUAACACCAUAAUAAAUAUAAUAUGUAACAUUAAUA